AUGGCUGACAGAAAUGCGCGUGGUCUCAAUUUAGAUGAAGUAUUAGAUAGAAUUUUGGAUGGAAGUUCAGAUGAAGAAUCAAUUGAUGAGGAGGAUAGUGAUGCUGAGGUUGAACAAAUCUUACGGGAAGCCCAUAUUGUGCAGGAAUUAGAAAUGGAACAGUGUAGAGGGGACAAAGAAAACACAGAGGAUUCAGCAUGGGGAUGGGAGAGGAAUGACAAUCCCCCUUUGUUGAUGCCAUUUGAUUCCCAUGUUGGUCUUACAUGUGAUUUACCUGAGAAUCCAACUCCAUUAGACUUUUUCUAUCUUCUCUUUGACAGUGAGUUUUGGCAAAAAAUUGUGACAGAAACUAACCUAUAUGCAGAACAAAAUAUUGCAAAAGAAACUCUAAAACCAAACAGCCGCUUCCAUGAUUGGAAAGACCUGACACUUGAUGAGGUCAAAGUAUUCUUUGCUUUGAUAAUUUCGAUGGGGAUCACUAGGAAAAAUGACCUUGGAGACUAUUGGUCAACUGAUGAAAUUCUCAAUACCCCAUUGUUUAGUAAAUAUAUGUCAAAAAACAGAUUCAUACUGAUUUUGUCUAUGUUACAUCUGGCAGAUAACAGCGUGGCGCCAAAUCGUGGAGACGUAGGAUAUGACAGAUUAUACAAGGUUCGUCCUUUUCUUUCAAUGAUGAAAACAAACUUCACAAAAUAUGAUCCCGAAAGGGACCUUAGUUUUGAUGAGGGGACCUGCCCAUUCAAAGGACGUGUACAUUUCCGGGUUUACAACCCAAACAAACCAAACAAAUUUGGUAUAAAAUUGUAUCAAGUAUGUGAGGCCUCCUCGGGAUAUUGUUUAGGAUUUGACGUUUACCAUGGGGAAACAGAUUGUGUUGCAGCUGUUGACACUCUAGAAACUGAAGUUGACAAUGGCCAAGGACCUACCGAUCACUACGGAGACCUUACUAUGACCUCUAAGAUAGUAUUAGGCUUAUUAUCUAUGACAGGACUUUUGUCAAAGGGACACCAUGUUUACAUGGACAAUUAUUAUACAUCUCCAGAACUUUAUGAGGAAUUAGAUCUGCUAGAUACCUAUGCUUGUGGGACCCUUCGUUCUAACAGGAAAAAUGUUCCAAAAAUAUUUUCCUCCCUUCGUAAGAUGAAGCAAGGGGAGGGUGUGUUUCGGCGAAAAAAAAAUCUACUUGCUGUCAAAUUUCACGACAAACGGGACAUCCAUAUGCUAACUACGAUUCAUGAAGCAAAAUUAGUGGUUACCGACAAAGUUGACCGCAGGACACAAGAACCAAUUUUGAAACCGAAAUGUAUUGUGGAAUACAUACAAAAAAUGGGAGGUGUUGAUCUCAAUGAUCAGAUUGUGCAAUAUUAUGAAGUUCUCAGAAAGUGUGUAAAAUGGUGGAAAAAAUUAUUUCUUCAUCUCUUUAAUCUUCUCCUAGUGAAUGCCUACAUUCUUUACAGAAAAUAUGGUGGAAAUAUCAAGAAAAAAUCUCAUCUUGACUUUAGAGUAAAACUUGUAAAAUCGCUUUUAGAAUCAGCACCAAAUGCCCCACGCCCAUCCAGAGGUGGCAGAAAAUCCGAAAAUAUAGAUAGACUUACUGGCAGACAUUUUAUCCAAAAUAUUAAACCUAAGGAAGGAGCAAAAAGAAAGAAUCCGAUGCGUGAUUGCAUAGUAUGCAAUUUACCUGUAAAUGAGAGACAAGGAAACAAAAGAAAACAAACAACAUUUGAAUGUCGACAAUGCUCUGUACCACUUUGUUUGCCAAAUUGUUUCGAGCGUUACCAUACCUUAAAAAAAUAUAAAUUCACUCCACAAGAAAGUUCCGAUUCUGAUUGA